CGUGUGUGUUUACAUGGAUACGUCAACAACUGCCAUGAGAAUGUAGUUUACCUUGGUUUAUUUACAAUUUAAUAUCUGUAGUCCAUUAAAAUUUGAAUUUCCAUUGAGCUAACAUAGAUUAUUUUAUAUUUAAUCGUCAAAAUGACAGAUUUUAAAGAAGUAAAAUACCAACCAAGACAGGAUUGGAACCAGACAUCUUCUGGUGUCGGUCAUCAAUACAGACCAGGAUAUUACUUUCCAAGUUCGCAUUUUCAUCAAUCAAUAGGUGAACCAGUGCCUCCGCCUCUAGCCCAUCAAGAUCAAGUUACCAGGGAUCAACAUUUUGAAACCACAACAGGAAAAGCUCAUGACAGAAAAUAUCCUGCAACAUUAUACUCUAACCCUGUUCAUCAAAAGGCACCUGGUCAUUGGAAGGUGGAUUAUGUUAAAGAUUUGGCAGAAAAACUAUCAAAAGGAGGAUGGAGACGUCCACUUACAAUGGGCAACCAAACAUCAGAAACACAUGAGAAAUUCUGCAGUGAGCCAGGCGUCAGACAGAAGUAUCACUUUGAUGACACAGCUGGCCUUGGUCUUCCACAAAACUUCAAUCUUCAUGAUCAUCAUGUGGAGGGCCCAAGCAAAACUGGUCAAGCAACAACACAAAAUCCAAAGCUACAAGGAAAACCCUUUUAUGUGCGUGACAGAGGUGUUCUGAACCUUCUUGACCCCUACCUCACCACAACACACAAGGAUCACAGAGCAUUCAAACCAGAUGAGCUUAAAAAAUAUCCAAAGAAAGAUGCAGCUACAUACUGGCAAUGUGAAGAUUAUCCUAAAGCAUGGGGUCAUGGGCUCAAGGCAAAUCCAUUGCCAAAGACAUCAGUCCCAAGAGAACAGCUGCCAAUGAGGGAUACAACAUUUUUCACAACAAAAACAAAAGUUCCAAGGCCACCAAAAGCAAUGGUUCCUGUCCCCCACUCUGGUCUCAAAUCUGAACAUGCAGACCGCUUCAUACGACCUUCAGAUGUACGAUUUAAAGAAGCUGUGUAUUGCCCAGUCGACACUCCUUUUACUCUGCCUGCUCCUGGUACAAAAUCUGUGAUGACAGCUCCCAAAAUGUACAACACCGAGUACCAGCAUAUAGGAAGUGAAAAGCCAAUCAUGGUGUGAUUAAACUAUCGAAGAAACAAGACUUUAUCGAAAUUAUUAUAUUAUUCCUUUUUAAUAAAUUUCUAUGGCGAGAAACGCAGGGAAUGAAAAAUGAAAAAAAAGGAAAAUAAUUUUACAGAUUUUGUUAUUUUUUACAGGACACUUUGUAUGGUUUUACAUUUUAUUUGGUUUUAAAAUCUGUCGCUAUCAAUCAAAUUUUGAUAAUCAUUUAUUAGUAAUUACAGUUCAAUGAAACUUUUAAUACUGAAAGUUUACACUUUUUACAAUCUACAUGUAGCAUAUGAUUAAAGAAUUUUCUACUCUUCGUCCAAGUGCAAUGAAGAUAGUGUUUAUAAGGCAGACAUAAUGCCCUUUCACUGGUUACUUUUGUGACCAUUUAUUUUUGCAAACUUUUCUAGGAAAAUUUGACAAUGCUGUGAAAUCAGAACUUUUGGGAUCUAGGAUGAAAUAAAAAUUCCCAUUUGCAUGAUUCCACAAAUACAGUAUUCAUAUAAAAUUUCCAAGGAAAUUAAUAUGCAACAAAACAGUUCCCUAGUUGUUGUAAAAUAUAUACCGAGUAUAUAGUUUAAUAUUAGGAGUUUACUAGUACAUCAUUAUCUGUGAUAUAUAUGGGAGAAAAUGUUGUAAAAAUGACACACACUUCGUUAGUUUUACUUUGUUUAUUAUAUGUAUAUCUGUUAUGAAAUUAUUGUUUAGCAGAUGUUUCAUGAGGCUCCUGCAAAACUUUGAAAUUCUUGCUGAUUUUUUUUAUUCAUAUUUCACAGUAAGUAGGCAAUGAUAAAUUUGUACACUAUACUUCAGCUAGACUUCACCAAAGCUGGUUUUAUAUAAAUCUUCUGUUCCGGACUCAUUUUUGUAUAAGUUCAUUAUGGUCCUUUGCUAUACAUUGUAAGGAUUUUAUAUGUUGUUGUUUUCAUGACAAAGUACAUUGAUACUCUUCGUUAUGAUUCAGCUUUUAAACAACAUAAUGUAUUACCAUAAGAGAACAUACAGUUCGAAUAUUUUAAACAGUUGUAAAACCUGAAUACUAGUAUACACAUUCUUAUGCAGAAUUUUACACCAAAAAACUGAGUGGCAUUUUAUUUUUUGUCACUGUGAUAAGUUUCCCUUUUUUACUUUUAUGCAAUUUAUUUUAGAUAUCAUAAACUCUUACAUUGUAACUUAGUAUCACAGGAUCAAUUUUAAUUUUAAGUUUAAUUUUGAUAGUUUAAUACUUCUAUUUUUCAAGGUGUUCCACUUGGGCUAUAUAGAUGCUGUAACAUAGUGUUUCACUAUAUAUAGUGUAUAAAAAUCAAAUAUUUGAAGUGGCAGUCAUACGGAGACAUGCAUCACCUGUUCUCCAGGAAUACUGAUCAAAUAUUAACAGACAAGUAAAUUAAAUUUCUUUCCUACUAUUUUAAUAUAUCAUAGAAAAAGCAGCCUAACAGAAUUGUCUGCAAACAAAAAGCUCUUUGUUUUUCUGUGAUCUGGGUCAACACAUCAGCAUCUGGAUGAUUCCAAGCUCAGUUUUGAAUUAACUGGUAGGAAGAUUUUCAGACUGGUCUCCAAACUUAAGUUUUAUAAUCUAGGAACCAGGCAACCAGGAUGAGAACUGAACAACCAGUCAUCCUGUUGAAGCAUAUUCAAAAGUAUUACUAAAUAAGUAUUUUGUAUAGAUAUACAGAAACAUGUAUAAAGACAAUGUAUUGUUAACAUCAGUAUUUUACAGCUUUCUUACUUUUUACAUGCAAUUCAUUAUUUUCAUCAUGUGUUUUGUUAAUGGUGUGAUAAUAAUGAAUAAAAUUUUAAACAAA